CAUUCAUCUCAGGACCAUAUAUGUUCAACUGCAACUACUAUAUAUCAUCACAUGCCAUGCGUGUGUAAGCUACUUCAGUUGCAGGCAGGGGGUCUUUCGAGUCGUCUUAAACCAGCAGCUAGCUAGCUCCGAUGACUAGCUGCUUCAACGGCAGCGCCGGCUGGCCGGAGCCCGUGGUGCGCGUGCAGGCCGUGUCGGACACCUGCGGCGACACGAUCCCGGAGCGUUACGUCAAACCCCUGUCGGAGCGGCCGUCGCUCUCGCCAGCCGCCGCCGAUGCCGCCGGGGACGGCCCGAACAUCCCGGUCGUAGACCUGUCAAUGCCGGACGCGGACGCGACGUCCGAAGCGGUGGCGGCGGCGUGCCGGGAGUGGGGCUUUUUCCAGGCGGUGAACCACGGCGUGCGCCCGGAGCUGCUGCGCAGCGCGCGCGCGGCGUGGCGCGGUUUCUUCCGGCAGCCCGCGGAGGUGCGCGAGCGCUACGCGAACUCGCCGGCGACGUACGAGGGCUACGGCAGCCGCCUCGGCACCGCCAAGGGCGGCCCCCUCGAUUGGGGCGACUACUACUUCCUACACCUCCUGCCGCCGUCCCUCAAGAGCCACGACAAGUGGCCGUCCCUCCCUGCCUCGCUACGGGAGACGACGGAGGAGUACGGCGAGGAGGUGGUGCAGCUGUGCCGGAGGGUGAUGCGGCUGCUGUCGACGGGGCUGGGGCUGGAGGCCGGGAGGCUGCAGGCGGCGUUCGGCGGGGAGGGCGGCGAGGGGGCGUGCAUGCGCGUCAACUUCUACCCGCGGUGCCCGCAGCCGGAGCUCACGCUCGGCGUGGCGGCGCACUCCGACCCCGGCGGCAUGACCAUGCUGCUGGUCGAUGACCACGUCAGGGGCCUGCAGGUGAGGAGCCCCGGCGACGGCAAGUGGAUCACCGUCGACCCCGUCCCCGACGCCUUCAUCGUCAACAUCGGCGACCAGAUCCAGGUGCUGAGCAAUGCGGCGUACAAGAGCGUGGAGCACCGGGUGUCGGUGAGCGCGGCGGAGGAUCGGCUGUCGAUGGCCUUCUUCUACAACCCGCGGAGCGACCUGCCCAUCGCGCCGAUGCCGGAGCUGGUGGCGCCCGGCCGCCCGGCGCUGUACCCGGAGAUGACGUUCGACGAGUACCGCGUCUUCAUCCGGCAGCGCGGCCUGGCCGGCAAGGCGCAGCUCCAGUCCCUGCAGGCAAAGGCCGCCGCCGCCGCCGCUCCUGCCGACGACCCAGCUGCCGGCGGCUCGCCGUCCUCUAGCUAGCACACAGCUUAAAUAAUUUGAUGUUUCAGCUAGCUGCGCUGUGCUGUGUAUACCGUCGUCGUCGGAUCGUUCUCGGUGAAUAAUUUGAUGUUUAAUUUCUGCGGAGCUGAAUUAGUGUCCCAUGCAACUGAAAUUAAAUGUCGUGAUGAUGAGCGGUAAAUUAAAUGUACGUACAUACAUAUACAUAUACAUAUACAGAGAUUGAGCUCUU